AUGGAACAGCUAUCUCAUGAGCUGUCACCCUACAAUGUGAGAGAGAGGGAGAGGGAUGCUGUUGCUGAUCUCACUGAAACACUUCAUGACUUCGAUCUGGAGAGUCAAGGUGAAAACAAUACAGAGAGAGGAAGAGGAGAGGACUUGGAGUCAAAUCAGGUGAGGUCAUGUGGUGAUUGAAAGGACUGUGCUGUGACAGUGUUGUGGAUUUAAUUAUUUCACCAUGUUAUAAAAAACUUUCCUUAAAGGGAUACUUCAGGAUUCUUGAAGUGGGUUUACAUAAGUUAAUAAGUGUGCACACAGUGGGUGCUGGCCAGUUCUUUCCUGUAAAUGGGAAACUGCCCAGGGAACAGCAUCCCAGGGAACAUAUAUGUAUGCUGCAUCAACAAACUGUGCAAAAGUAAAUGGGUCCUCUGGUGGAAAAGUAGCCCAGCAGUGCCAGACAGAUGAGCCAGUUCACAUUUACUUUCACUGGGAAGUGGGUCUGUCAGUCUGAAGGUUUUCCCUAUCAAUGGCAGAUGUACCAACCUCAGUCCUUUAUUCAAGAGGACCACACAGGAGUGCUGCUUUAGUCUAUUCUUAAACAUCUUAGAUGGCUGGUCCUGCCACUGCAAGUUCCAUUGAAUCCACUAUGUUCAAGCAUUCACUUAAACUGAGAUGAGUUCUUGGGCCUGAGUCUCUCAAAAGUAGCCAAUUUCUGCAGCAGACUUGUCCCAAUCUGCAGAAUACUGUAUCCUAGGGAGUAUGCAUGUUUCUCUUCUAUUUUUACUUAAGGGGCAGAACUGACCAGCAUCCAUUGUGGCUAGUGCACUUGUCAGUGAAAUGUGACUCACAAAACCUUAUGACAAAAGACACGGAACGUCUCUUUAAAGCCGUAUCCUGGUCCAUACAUACCUUGGAGAAGUGUGCCAAUCAGCCCAAAAGUUCAAGUUUUUUUUUAGCUCCAAUUGAUCACAGUGGUUUUGUUAGUGGAAAGUGUGUUGCAAGCCCCAGGAGUAUCACCAAGUGCUUGAUGUAUAACCCUUGCAAAAAACAUCCACUUCCUUUUUAUUUUACACAAGGAGGAAGCAAGAGACAUUUUCUUCCAUCUGUGCAAAUGAAAGACCUUUGCUUACAAGAGGCUGAUGACAGUGUGUGAAUCACCUUUUACUGCAAAUUUUUACUAAGUCUGGCAUUUUCUUCAAAAUUUAGAGCUUAAAUUCAACCUCCAAGGAAUGCGAAUCCACAACCACGGAAGGUUAUGAGGCAAACCUGGAGCAAAAGAGCAUUGCUAAAAAAACAGGUGAGGUGCCUGGUGUUACUUGCUUUGCAGGACUUGUGUUUAAAUCAGCUAUUUGGGCUGUGUUGCCAAAGGCUACCAGAAAACAUUAUUAUUUCAGGUUUUCAGGGAAUUCAAGCAAAUAACAUUAAUUUAACUGCUACUUUCCUCAUGUGUAGUGGGGGGUGGAUGAACUGGAAGACCAUAUAUAAACACAGAUAAUUUUAUGCUACAGUUACAAUUACUACUGAAUAUUAAUUGAUUACAUGGAUAAUAAUUUUCAUUAACCUUGGUAUUCGAAAUAUUUGUCCAAGAUCUCAAGAUAUCCUGUACUUGUAGCAAACUGUCUAAAAAGGAGCUUUCUGGUUUCUCUCAGAGUCACUGCCCUCUCCUCAAGCUGCAGUAAAUCCCCACAACAAGAUAUCUGCUUGGGACAGCGGAAUCGUGACUAAUCCUAACUUCAAGGAUUGUAACAUUGAAAAUUUUAACAUCACUAUUACAUCUGGCAAAGGUAGAUAUGAAACAUUUAGUAUUUGAAACCAGAGUUUGGCAUCUGCUAAUCUCUUUGUUCUUUUGCAGAGUCUAUUGUUCCAUCAAAAAAGGAAUCAGUCAAUGCAGCUGCUCCACUCCACAAAAGUGAGUACUUUUUCACGUGCAUUACAAAAUUCCAAAAUAUAUGAAAUACCUUGAUUGUUUUUAACUUAGAGGGGAAAAGGCAUAAUAUUUGAAUGUCUUUUUUUUCUAGAUAAAAAGAUCGAAGAAUGUAAACAGAAGCUAAAAGAAACCCUGAAGAGGAAGUUUAAGGAUUUGAGAACUGGAAAUGACAAGAUGCCCCUCGAUGAGAUCUACACAGAAGUGUGCAUCAUUGAAGGAGGAAAUUGUGAGGUUAACACGGAGCAUGAGGUGAUUAAGGAAGAAUCAGCAAUCAAGCAGAACCAGGAAAAAUCGAUCCACUGCAACCACCUCUUCAAUCCUCCACCGGGACAAGACCGUCAUAUUAGAACUGUUAUCACAAGGGGAGUUGCUGGCAUCGGGAAAACAGUAUGUGCCAACAAAUUCAUUCUAGACUGGGCUGAGGAGAGAGAAAACACCAACCUGGACUUUGUGUUUCCUCUGCCCUUCCGUGAUCUAAAACUUGUGGGCGAUAAACCCAUCAGUCUUGUUGGACUUAUCAAUAAACUUUUUCCUGAAACCAAAGACACAGAAAUCUUUAAAGACACAGGAAUCCUUAAUAACGAUCAAUACAAAAUGCUUUUCAUCUUGGAUGGCCUGGACGAGAGCCUACUAUCUUUGGAUUUCAAGGAAUGUGAAAUAGUGACUGAUGUGACACAGCCAACUGAGACUGCUGUGCUUAUAACCAACAUCAUCAGGGGAAGACUUCUCCCCUCAGCUUUCAUCUGGAUAAUAUCUCGGCCAGAUGCUUCCAGCAAAAUACCCUCUGAGCACAUUGACCUGAGGGUUGAGGUUCGAGGGUUCAACAACACCCAGAAAGAUGAGUACUUCAGAAGUAUAAUUAGUCGCCGGAAGGUAGCAGACAAGGUAAUUUCACAUGUGAAAUCCUGCCAGAGUCUUUAUAUCAUGUGCCACAUACCAUUCUUUUGCUGGAAGAUGGCAAGUUUGUUGAAGAAGAAGCCGGCAACACCAGGUGGUACUGACAUGCCAGCAACUCUGACCCCGAUGUACAUACACUUCUUGACCGAGUGUGUGGACAGCAUGAGCAAGAAGCUGCGCGACGAGGCAAACCCUGACAGUGUGAGAAAGGAUCUUAUCUAUCUGGGUAAGCUUGCCUUUGAAGAACUUGCGAAAGGCAAAUUUAUUUUCAAUGAGAGCAGCCUCAUCCAAAAUGGAAUCAAAGUCACAGGGCCAAACUUGUUUUCAGGACUCUACACCCAGAUCUUCAGUGAGGAUUUGAUCCUGUGUCAGGAGAACACGUUCUGCUUUGUGCAUCGGAGUGUCCAGGAGUUCUUUGCAGCUUUGUAUGUCUAUCUCAAGUUCAACAAUGACAACGUGAUCGUCCUGAACAAGAACCCAUUCAGCCGAUCUCUAUCAAGAGACUCAUCAGAGCUCACCCUCUAUAAAGCAGCAGUAAAAAAGGCUCUGCAGUGUGAGAGAGGACAUUUUGACAUAUUUCUGCGCUUCCUCUUGGGCCUGUCUCUUGAAUCAAAUCAAACUCUGCUGAAGCAUCUGCUGAUUCACAACAGAACCAACCAAAACACAAGAGCUGAGAUCAUCAAAUACAUUAAAAAGAAGAUUCAAGCUGGUCCACCUCCAGACAGAUGCGACAACCUUCACCUCUGUCUGAAUGAGCUGAAUGAUGACUCUGAGAUGAUUCAGAGACAGGCACGUGCAGCGCGGGGGGCAACAAGAGCACGAGCUGCUUUUCGCAAAAGGACCUUUAUUAGAAUGUUUUUACUCUGUUGUAUGACCCAAAUACCAUAAAUAAAACAAAAUUAUAAUCAUUCAGAGCUACCCUCGGUCGAUCAUGUGAUCCACAUAGAUGUGCCCUCAUUGCCCAAAUGUGAUUAGAUCUGCCCUGUAGCUAAGCGUGUCAAAGCUGGCUACUAGAGACAGUUGCUGCUUGAAACCAAAGACCAGAGGAAUUAGUCAAACCACAGAUAUUACAGUCAAACAGCCGAUGUUGUGAUGAGUAGGUUUUGCCGCGAUAUUUGUUUCACGGUGUAUUCUUGCAAGAUGACUGAUGAAGUGCAGUAAGCAUUCUGUGUAUACCUCUGACUCUGCACACACCGCUCAUAAGUUAUAGCCACUAGUAAACGACACACAGCGUGUUGAGGGGAAAAAGUAUGUCAGGCUUCUUUUUGUUUCCAUUUGUUUCUUUAGUUAUAGGCAAAGUGCAUUAGAAAGACGUAUAAUUUUAAUGUCAAGUGAGUUGCAGUGUUUUUCCUAUGUUUCCAGAGGCAAUAAGGUAUAGACUGUUAUUUUACAAAAACUAUGCAAUGUACAUGAAUAUUCACAUAAUUUAAGACUAUAUAUACAACAAUAAUAACAAGAAGAAUUUGAAUUUAGAUUUUCUCAACCUCUCAUUUAAACAUCGUAGUGUAACAUUUGUAUAUAUUUACACACAAAUUAAACAUAAUAUGCCUGAAUAUAAAACAUAUAACUUUCAUAACCAAGUGGUUAGUGAAACUGCAUAGAAGCACAAAUAGAUUUAAAAGACAUGAUUUCUAUUGAAUUCAGUUAGAUCUUACACUAUUAUUAGCACUAUAAAUAAAAAGGGCACAUCAUGAAUCUGCACCAUGAAGCAAAUUUGUGGCUGUACAGUAUGUCAUGAAAAGGUGUAAAUGUAUGUGUGGGUGUGUUUUAUGUGCAUUAGAUUGUAGUUUAUAAAUCUCAUUCUGUAGUGAUGUCUUGUAAGGACAGGAGGGUGAAACAAAAACAAAAGGAGCUAUGUGAUGCUGUGGAAAGCAGUGGAUCACUUGCCAGCUGGAUACGAAUGGUGUUUCAAAUUUGUACUCAGCAGCAGAGGUUCCCUUUUUUUAUUUGAGUGACAGAUUUGUAAUUGUUUUUGCUACUUUUUUAAACAUAUAUAUAUAUUUUUUUACUUUUUUUAAUCAGAGUAAUCUUUCAAUAAGAAUGUCAUGAAAAGUUGUGUUUGUGUAAAAAAGGUGUCAUACAAAAUAAAUCUAUCUGCACAGAAUGCAUGUUUGAUGUUUGUAUGUUUAAAAUAGGUUAUAUACUGUAGCUUCCUCGACCAACCCUACAUUCCACAAUUAUUACAAAUGGACUGUCUUUAUCUAGCACUUUGUUUUCUCUUCUGACCACUCAAGGUACUGUUUCAGUGUCACAUUCACCUAUUCAUACCACCUUCUGGUGACAAGGAGGUGAAAUGCAUUUCUUAGUGUUAACCAUUUUUACACCACUACCACAUUGGAAAUCACUGCAUGGAUUCACAACAACUUCCAAUGUAUAUACGAUUAGGGCACAGUGUUGCUGCUGACCUUUUUUUUAAUUAUCAACAGAAAAACUUUGCUUGACUGCUCAUAAAAAUGUUCUUAUUAGUUUAAUACAGAGUGCAGAUUAGGUUUUAUUAUGGCGAAGGAUAAUUACACUUUUUUUUUUAUCAUGUACGUUUAGCUUAAUCUUGAGCAUAAGUUACUGCAGUUAUAAAGCCUGUUGAUUUAAAGUUUGACUUAAUCAUAAUUCAUUUUUUGACUUCUUGUUUGAAAUCAGGUUAAUGUCACUUUCUAGCCUUAUGAUCAUCAGAAAUUCAGAUCAAAGUGAGCAAGUGUUCAAAAGAGGUUAGUUUUAAGACUCCAAUCAUUAUCAUCUCAGCUAGAUGUUGUUUAUCAUUGCUUUUUUAAAUAUGUAUUUAUGGUAUUAUAUGAGAAUAUGCAGAAGAAUAAAAGAGGUUUUCAUGGCAAAGUUCUCGAUACAGGAUAUACAAAAAAGGGCCUCAAGACAGGACCUAAUAACGGGAUAACAGUGCAGCCAAAAAUGAUUUACACCAGGGUCAUGAGAUCUGGCCAUAAAUCACUUCAUAUUUAAAUAUUUUACUCUUCCUGUUACACGAGUUAUGAUAAGACUGUAAAAUGUAAUGGACAAUCAUGCAGUACCCAUCUCUUCCCACUAGAGUUCAGUCAUGGGCAGCACUCCACAGACAUAAAAACGCAAAAACGAAACUACUUUCAUAACUGGAAAAUGAUAAGCAGCAUAAACACACGAAAACAAGGAGCUGCUGCUAAAUAGGCUAUCUGUGACAAAGUGGAUUUACAAGGGUGAGCAACAACAUUUUUUUUGAAGUAUUAUCGAUUAUAAAUGAGUAUUUUCAUGUGUAGAUGUACUUUGUAGCAUAAAACCUAACAGUCUUAAAUGUAAAUGCGUCACUUCACUUAUCUGUACCACUCAUCUGCUCUCUUUUACAAGGGUGAGCAACAACAUUUUUUUUUGAAGUAUUAUCGAUUAUAAAUGAGUAUUUUCAUGUGUAGAUGUACUUUGUAGCAUAAAACCUAACAGUCUUAAAUGUAAAUGCGUCACUUCACUUAUCUGUACCACUCAUCUGCUCUCUUUAGCAGUAAAAACUUUGUUUGUUUUUUGUAAUUCGAAUGUGUAUGUUUUCCAACUUUUUACGUGGUAGUAAAGUUACCAUAACCAAAAUGUCAAUGUUUAGACAACCACAGAAUAGUUUAGUUUUUGUGAUAGAAGGAAGUUUUUUGAGUCCUAACGCAGAGUAAUAAUGUUUGAAAGGGAUAUUCAUACAAAGAAACAUCUCUCUAAUGUAUGUGACGAAAUUAUUCGGUUCACUAUGGCGAUUAUUUUCACAGUUCGUCUAGUUUUCCGCGCUUUGUCGCAGGAAAUAACCACUUUAUCAAACCUCACGUAGUUAUGCGGAAGAGCAGCUUAGAAACUUUACCAAACCUGUGUGACUCCGAGCUCAAAGAAAAGUUCCAACUCUUAUUUGUCACAGUUAGGCUGUCUGUGACAAACUGGAUUUACGAGGGUGAGCAACAUUUUUUUUUAAGUAUUAUCGAUGAUAAAUGAGUAUUUUCAUGUGUAGAUGUACUUUUUUAAAACAAAAUCCCGAUAGUCUUAAAUGUAAAUACGUCACUUCACUCAUCAGCAGCACUCAUCUGCUCUCCUUCACAGUGAAACCUUACAUGGGUUUUUUUUUCGUAUGUCUGUUCUCCAACUUCUUAAGUGGUAGACAAGUUACCAUAUUAAAACUGUCAACAUUUUGACAACCACAGAAUAGUUCAGUUUUUCUGUCAGGGGGAUUUUUUUUUAGUCUAAAGGCAGAGUCUUCUUCAAUACAGCUGAUUAUAGCAGGAAAUUACUGCUCUAUUAGGAUUUGAAUAGACAAUAAAACAAGUAAAAAAGUUCCAACUCUUAUUUGCACAUACAGAAGUCAAAGGGAUUCUCUGUUUUAUCUGUGAAAAAAAUAUUGAGUGUUUAAUCUCUGUGUUAAUAUGUUGUUUGUAAUGUUUAGAACAAUAACUUUCAGUACAGCAACACAAAUAGGCGGACACUAAUAGCACCCAACCUCCUGUUUUCCUCAUCAGAAGAUGUUUCCUUCACUCCAUAUAAACCAAAAAGACCUAAUGAUAGGAUAAAAGUGCAGCCAAAAAUGAACGAAACCGGGGACUGUAUGGGUCAGAACUGGUCACUGAAUUUGGCCAUAAAUCACUUCAUAUUUAAAUAUUUUACUCUUCCUGUUACACGAGUUAUGAUAAGACUCUAAAAUAUAAUGGACAAUAAUGCAGUACCCAUCUCUUUCCACCAGAGUUCAGUCAUGGGCAGCACUCCACAGACAUAUAAAGGCAAAAACGAAACUACUUUUGCACUUGGCAAAUGAUAAGCAGCAUAAACGCAUGAAAAAAAGGACGGAGUAGCUGUUGCUAGAUAGGCUAUUUGUGACAAAGUGGAUUUACAAGGGUGAGCAACAACAUUUUUUUUUUUAAGUAUUAUUGAUUAUAAAUGAGUAUUUUCAUGUGUAGAUGUACUUUAUAACAUUAACCUGACAGUCUUUAAUGUAAAUGUGCCACUGCACUUAUCAGCACCACUCAUCUGCUCUCUUUAGCAGUAAAAACUUUAAUAGUUUGUUUUUUGUAAUUCGAAUUUGUAUGUUUUCCAACUUUUUACAUGGUAGUAAAGUUACCUUAACCAAAAUGUCAACGUUGAGACAACCACAGAAUAGUUUAGUUUUUGUGUUAGAGGGAUUUUUUUUAGUCUAAAGGCAGAGUAAUUAGGUUUGAAAGGGAAUUAUGUUUGUUGCAGGAAAUAACCACUUUAUCAAACCUCACGUAUGCGGAAGAGCAGCUUAGAAACUUUACCAAACCUGUGUGACUCCGAGCUCAAAGUAAAGUUCCAACUCUUAUUUGUCACAGUUAGGCUGUCUGUGACAAACUGGGUUUACGAGGGUGAGCAACAACAUUUUUUAAAAGUAUUAUCGAUUAUAAAUGAGUAUUUUCAUGUGUAGAUGUACUUUUUUUUUUUUAAACAAAAACCCGAUAGUCUUAAAUGUAAAUGCGUCACUUCAUUUAUCAGCAGCACUCAUCUGCUCUCCUUCGCAGUGAAAACUUAUAUGUUUUUUUUUUUCGUAUGUCUGUUUUCCAACUUCUUAAGUGGGAGACAAGUUACCAUAACCAAAUGUCAACAUUUAGACAACCACAGAAUAGUUCAGUUUUUGUGUCAGGGGGAUUUUUUUUAGUCUAAAUGCAGAGUACUUAUGUUUGAAAGGGAUACUCAUACUUACAAACAUCUAUCUAAUGUAUGUGCAGAAAUAAUUUGGUUCACUAUGGCGAUUAUUUCUGCAGUUUGUCUAGUUUUCCGUGCUAUGUCGCAGGAAAAAACACCUCAAAAACCUCACGUAUGCGGAAAUACCUUUACCUGUAGCCCUAACAUUUGGCCAACCUGCAUGGCCCCAAGGUCAAAGUAGCUACUUCCUCUUGUCCUGAAGACUGUAAAGUUAUGUAACAACUUUACUUCCUCUAACUUUUUCAGGUCUUCUGGCUGUCGAAUCAGGCUGCAGUAUCAACGAAAGUCUUCCUCUGUAUUGGACUUUAAACACCAGCACGGUAAGACAGAAGCUACACCAUAGCAUGGUCUUAAAAAAGAUAUUAGCCUUUAGUGGAUUGUCUAAAAAAUUUAAUCCCUACUACACAUAAAGUAUAAAAAUAUUGCGACAAUAACUCAAUUUGAGUAAAUUUUUACCUUCAUCCUAGUUUCACACUCAGCACUGUCCUUUAUAAGAGUGGUAGAGUCCAGCUCUUUUCUGAGUUAUAGCUUCACUGAUGGAAGAAGCUUAGUCAAUAUUAAAGCUUGAGUUUAUAAUAUUACCUGUAUGAUUAUUAAAGUGGUUUGACUUGACCCCUCAGUAGUAAUUUAGCUAGUGUCCUUGUCACUUUCCUGCCUGCAGGCAGCUACUCAGCCGCUGAUGAGCCCGUCACAGUAACCACAGUGGCUGGAGUCACAUCCUCUUCCUCCUACCUAAUUUCUUUCCCAACAAAGUUUGUAAAAUUUCGAUUUGAAAAGCAAACCCUUUACAACCAUGUUAGGCUUUGUGGAGGUCCAUUGAGUUGUUUUUAUAGCUUUGUUUCAUAAGUUCCUGGUAGUUCAAAUGUUUAUAUUUCACUUUCACAGAAAAGUCUCAAGUUUCCACGAGGUGAAUGUUGACAACCUGAGGGAAAUUCAGUGGUACCUGGGCAAGUAUGACGAAGAUGGAUCCUGACCAAACAAAAUGACCUUUUGUUAAAACAAGUUGAAGGUAAACAACAAUGUUUUUAAGGACAAUAUAAUAAAUGGGCAGAUGCUGUUAGCAGCCAUGUGCAUAAGAGAAAAGACAGCCAGCGAGUUCAUUUUUAUCUGAUAUCAUGUUGCGACAAACUCAGGUGUUUUAUCCUAUUUGUACCUGACUGCAUGAAGUUCACCUUACACAGAACUUUCUUCUUUCUCCCUGGAUUUUUAUGUUCAAUGUGAAACAAAAAGUCAAGGCUGAGGAUUAGCUUGCCUUUAGAGUAGAUCAUUAGCCUGUUAUGCCAAUCAAUGAUCAGCAGAAACCGAUCAAUGACACUCUGUGGACAAAAACAAACAACCACAGCUGAUUUCUAACACCCUAAACACUAUAGCUACCUCUGGAUGAUGCUCAACUUGGUGAAAUAGCCACACCUGUUUAGAGUAUCACAAUGUCCAUUUAGGAACCGGUGAUUGAAUUCAGGGGUGUUUUUCUAAUCACAGUUUUCUUUGAUAUUUUAGUCAACAGACCUAAACAUGGAACAGCAAUCUCACGAGCCAUCACCCUCCAAUGUGAGAAAAAAACAGAGGGAUGCUGUUGCUGAUCUCACUGAAACACGUCAUGACUUCGAUCUGGAGAGUCAAGGUGAAAACAAUACAGAGAGAGGAAGAGGAGAGGACUUGGAGUCAAAUCAGGUGAGGUCAUGUGGUGAUUGAAAGGACUGGGCUGUGACAGUGUUGUGGAUUUGAUUAUUUCACCAUGUCAUUAAAACGUUCCUUAAAGGGAUACUUCAGGAUUCUUGAAGUGGGUUUGCAUAAGUUAAUAAGUGUACACACACACACAAUGGAUGCUGGCUCUGUAAAUGGGAAACUGCCCAGGGAACAGCAUGCAGAUGAGCACAUAUGUAUGCUGCAUCCACAAACUGUGCAAAAGUAAAUGGGCCCUCUGGUGGCAAAGUAGCCCAGCAGUGCCAGACAGAUGAGCCAGUUCACAUUUACUUUCACUGGGAAGUAGGUCUGUCAGUCUGAAGGUUUUCCCAUCAGUGGCAGAUGUACCAACCUCAGUCCUUUAUUCUUUAGUCUAUUCAUAAACAUCUUAAAUGGCUGGUCCUGCCACUGCAAGUUCCAUCUACUCUGCUAUAGCUGCUGUUUCAGUGCCAAUUAGCCAAUUUCUACAACAGACUUGACCCAGUCUGCAAAAAAAGGAGAGUAUGAAUGUUUUCCUGUAGCUUAUUACUAAAUUGAUCACAGUGGUAUUGUUAUAGGAAAGUGUGUCGUAAGACUAUGUUGGACUGUUGAUCAGUUUAUCACCUUGGUCUGAGUCCUGGAGUAUUGUCAAGUGCUUGAUGUGUAACCCUUGCAAAAAAUCACCCACAUCCUGUUUACAUCACCCAAAGAGGAAGCUAGAGACAUUUUCUUCCAUCUGUGCAAAUGAAAGAUCUCUACUAACAAAAAGCUGCUGACAGUGUGUGAAUCACCUCUUUCUACAGGUGUUUACUGAAGCUGGCAUUUCCUACACAUUUUAGAGCUUUAAUUCAACCUCCAUUUGAAAGAUUUAUGUCUGUUUUGUUUAAAGGUGCUUUGCAUGGUCAAAAAACAGAAACAUGACCAGCCCAAGCCCUAUGAGGAGUGUGAAUCCAUAACCAUGGAAGUUGACGAGGCAGACCUGGAACAAAAGAAUGCUGCUGAAAAAACAGGUGAGGUGUCUGGAAGCAAAUUGGAUCAUAAAGGGUUUCUAUGGCAACAAAUAAACCAAGUACAACAGGCCAGAGAGAGGGAAAGUGCAAAAAAGGAAUUGAGCUUUUAUUUACUCAUAGAAAGUCACUGACGAAGAGCAGGAGUGUGGUUACAUGAAGAUUUGAGGGCAAAUUGCAGAAAAACUACCAGCGAGAGUGGGAUCCGCCAGGUGGAGCGGGAAGAGAAACAGUUACUCCGGUGUAUAAUUGCGUUAGAUGCUAUAUAGUUAUGAAUACUUUUAUUCCAGCAGGUGCAAAUCAAGGGCAGGGCAGGGGUGUCUUUGGCCCCUGCAAUAUUUUUGGCCACACCCAAAAAUCCCAAACUAUGAUACGUUACUUGCUUUGCAGGAUUUGUAUUGAUCUCAAGAUCUCAAGAUAUCCUGUACUUUUGUAGUAAACUGUCUAAAAAGGAGCUUUCUUGUUUCUCUCAGAGUCACUGCCCUCUCCUCAAGCUCCAGUUUAUCGCACCGCCAAGAUAUCUGCUCGGGAUAGAGGAAUCGUGAAUAAUCCCAACAUCAUUGGUUCUAACAUUGGCACAUUGAAUUUCACUCUCAUUACAUCUGGCAGAGGUAGAUAUGAAACACGUAGUAUUUGAAACCAGUUUGGCAUCUGCUAAUCUCUUUGUUCAUUUGCAGAAUCUAUUGUUCCAUCCAAAGAGGAAUCAGUCGAUGCAGCUGCUCCAUUUGUCAAAAGUGAGUACUUUUUCAUGUGCAUUACAAAAUUCCAAAAUGUAUGA